GGAGCGGGUACCUGUCAAAUUCGGGUACCUGCUCCCACUUCUGGCUCCGUUCGCCACGGCGAACUGAGCCAGAGGUUCGGCCCCUCUCCUUCCCCUCGCGGCCCUCUGGGACACUUCACAGGUCCCAGAAGACUGCUGCCCGUUCACAAAGUGCAGCACGCUUCACGUAUGCGCAGUAAAAAAAACAGCUGUGAAGGCACAACGCUUCAUUGCUGGUUUCCCAAAGUCAAGCCAGCACCUGAUAGCUGAUUGAAGAAGCGGCUGGGGGUGAGGACACCACUG